UUUACGCGUUUCCACGUUUAGUGUAUUUUAAUAAUGUUGUUCAAUAUAAGGAAGACAUUAUCAUUGUACUGAUAACUGUGUUGUUCAUUAAAUAAUUUAAUGAACAACACAGAGAGAAUUAUCUGUCCUCGAGAUAAAAUGAGCGUUUAUAUUAUAUUAUUAAUUACGUAAAUACAGCAACUUUAAAAAUGAAAGGUUAAUCUUUACUUACGUGGACUAAUAUAUUGAUAAAACCCACGGUUUCGAACUGUAAGAAAAUAUUAACGUUAGCCAUUGCGGAGUUCAAUAUUUACAUUUGAUACAAUGUUUCGGAAGCAGUUACAUCUGACAGGUAAUGUUCAGCACGUCGGUCAGCUUGUUCGUCAUUUCAAUGAUUGUAAUAACAAAGUACGUUCAGGAAUUCAAUACACUCGAAACCCACAGAAUAAUUCUGUUGAUUAUCGUAGCUACGACAACUUCGUGGAUUUUGGAAUUAAUCAGAUUGCUGAGAAGGAAGAUAUUCAACGUGGAGCAAAGGAAUCUGAGCAGACAUUUCAACUGCUGUUUGCUGUUCGUCGAAAGUAUUUUCCUUUCCUCUAUCUUACGGUUUGCGGAUUCGUACGUGGUGGAAUAUUUGAAAGGAGAAGAUUACGAAAUAGAGUCGGACAACACAUCUUUGUUAAAAUAUUGUCCCCGGGAUCACACACAAGAUUCAUUAAUCGACGUAUUGGGGUAUUCGGAAAAUUAAUUUGA